AUGGCACAAGCAAAUGAUGAUACUCCUCAUUUACUUAUCAAAUUCAUGAAUCAAGGUGAUAAUCGAAGUCAAGAAGAGCAUGAACAGUCAUUAACAUAUCCAUUAGCUGUUCGAUUGGAUACAUAUUAUAGCAAAAAAGUAAAGCAAAAGACGAUCAAUACUGUCGUUCGUCGAAACAAUUUCAAAAUUGAUAGUAAUAUUUUCCAAAAGUUAAUGUUCAAAUUUUUACCAUUAAAAGAAUGUCCGAAAGAUCGAUAUUGAUCACAUAUAUACAUCACGGAUAAUCAAGGUCAUAAAUUUGAAAGUUAUUUGCCGGUCACAUUAGGCAAAUUCGGAAGAAUCAAUGGAAUAAUUUACCAAAGGACAGAACCUAUUAUAUACACCCGGUUAAUAAUCAUACAAAUCUUAUUCAUAAUUAUGAAAAUGGUGCUAGUAAUGAUGGAAAUGAUGCUAAUGAUGAUGAUAUCAUUGUGGAUUAAUGAUGAUGAAACAUGAAUAAAAAGAAAACAUCUUUUUUAUUUUUUAUGAAUAAAAAAAAGAUACUUUAAAAGAAAAUAGAUAUUUUUAUUAAUUUACUAUCAAAGUCCAAGAUAAAAAUUGAUUCAACUAGAUUAAAAUAAAUUAGAUAAAGUUCAAAUAAAUAUAUAAGAUGCGUUCCUUAAAAUCAGAGAGCAUUUAACUAUAAUCUUUGGUGCGGGUUUAGAUAAGUUCUUUUCUCGUAGUUUUGUUUUUUUUAACAUACUUAUUAACUGCUGUUGUUAAUGUUUUAAUUCAUCUAGUUUUUGUCCUAGUGCAUUAACCUAUAGAUUAAAUAAAAAUUUUAAAUGAAAAAAAAAUAUACAAACAGAUUCUGUAAGUUGAUAUAAUGUUUUCUCUUUUUCUGAUAUUAAUUAAACUUUUUUCUUUUGUUUUCAUUUCAAUAUCAUUCUAAGAUUAGAUGCUUUAUUUGAAUUUCGUGGAAAUUCAGUUGAAUUUCCGGGAAAUUCAUUGAAUUUUCGGGAAAUUCAUUGAAUUUUCGGACACCUCUUUUGUUUCUUGUUUAACAAGAUAUAGGAGGUGAAGGAUGUAUAAGGAGGUAUAGGAGGUAUAAAGAGGUAUAGGAGGUAUAGGAGGCAUAGGAAUUGAUUUUUUCGAGCAAGCAUUGGCAAGGGGCACCAGUAUAUUUUAUGAAUAGAUGUUUAAAUUUAAAUAUUAUUGAAUGAUCAUCUGUACCAAUUAAUCAAUAUCUCCUACACCUCCUAUACCUCCUAUGCCUCCUAUACCUUCUUAUACCUUCUUAUACCGCCUAUAUCUUGUUAAACAGGAAACAAAAAGCGUGUCCGGAAAUUCAAAUAAAGCAUCAUACGCAUUCUAAAUAAAAUAUUAUUUUAAUAAUAAUUUUUUUUCUUUUAAUCAAACUUACAUUAAUUGGUCCUAAUGAUUGUUUAUCAGUUUCAAUUUCAUCUUUAAGUAUUUGAAUAGAAUUUGUUAAUUUUCGUAAUUAUUUAUCAAGUUGUUCUUGUUUUGAAUAUCCGAACUUAAUUUUAAUUUUUCGUUUUUAAGUUCAGUUAAUGAUUCAUGUAAUUCUUUAUCAAGAAGAUCAAAUUGAUUCUGUACUUCAUCUUUAGCUUGUUUUUAGUUCAUCAAGAGAACGUGGCGUCCAUUUUUGUUCUGAACCUAGAAAUAUUUUUCAGUAUAUGUUCUAGGAAUAUUUUACAUUCUAUCCUGUAUUUAUUUAGCUGAUGACUAAUGUAGAUUAAAUAGACAAUGAUAUCACUUUACAUUUUGCAUUUUAGUUUUCAUACAAAAGGAAAAUUAGAUAAAAAAAAUAAGCUGGAGAUGAAAAGUUCAGGAACAAUGUAAUUUUGAAUCUUUUCCUGAACAGUAACAGACACGACAAAACGAAAAUAGAUUUGAUGUUUUGGUAUCAGAAGCGGUCCUUUGUAAAACAUUAAAACAAGAUUCUCUGAAUUUGAUGAAAAACAUUCUGAAAAUCACUUCAUCUGAUACAACAAAAUAAGGCAUCCACGAUCUAUUUUGAUCGAAUUGCAUUCGUUCUACUGAAGAGCGUGAACCGUAGUAAACUUAACAGCAGAAAGGGUGUGGAUGUGUGUGUGGAUGGUGUGGG